GCCCGGCGCUGAAGCGCCGUGGCCGCCAUGUUGACUGUGGGAACGAGGGCUCCUCUCCGGCUGGAAGCGAUGACUCGAGGCUCCAGCACGCCCACCCUGCAAGCCCCCUCCCCACCAUGGCUCCCGGUGAGAAGAUCAAAGCCAAGAUCAAGAAGAACCUGCCAGUGAAGGGCCCCCAGGCGCCCACCAUCAAGGAGCUGAUGCGGUGGUACUGCCUCAACACCAACACCCAUGGCUGUCGCCGCAUCGUGGUGUCCCCCGGCCGCCUCCGCCGCCUGCUCUGGAUCGCCUUCACGCUGACCGCCGUGGGCCUCAUCUUCUGGCAGUGCGCUCUGCUCGUCUUCUCCUUCUACACGGUCUCCGUCUCCAUCAAGGUCCACUUCCAGAAGCUGGAUUUUCCCGCCGUCACCAUCUGCAACAUCAACCCCUACAAGUACAGUGUCGUGCGUGACCUGCUAGCUGACCUGGAACAGGAAACCAGAAGGGCCUUGAAGUCCCUGUAUGGCUUCUCGGAGGUCAAGUCUCGGAAACAGCGCGACACAGAGUCCUGGAGUCCAGCCUGGGAGGGUGUCCGGCCCAAAUUCCUCAACCUGGUCCCGCUGCUGGUCUUCGAUCAGGAUGAGAAGGGCAAGGCCCGGGAUUUCUUCACUGGGCGGAAGCGGAAAAUCAGUGGGAACAUCAUUCACAAGGCCUCGAACGUCGUGCAGGUCCAUGAGUCCAAGAAGGUGGUGGGGUUCCAGCUGUGCCCAAAUGACUCCUCCGACUGUGCCACCUACACCUUCAGCUCCGGGAUCAAUGCCAUUCAGGAGUGGUACAAGCUGCACUACAUGAACAUCAUGGCUCAGGUGCCUCUGGAGAAGAAAAUCAACAUGAGCUAUUCUGCCGAGGAGCUGCUGGUCACCUGCUUCUUUGACGGAAUGUCCUGCGAUGCCAGGAACUUCACACUUUUCCAUCACCCGAUGUAUGGGAACUGCUACACGUUUAACAACCGAGAAAACGAGACCAUCCUCAGCACCUCCAUGGGGGGAAGUGAAUAUGGGCUGCAAGUCAUCUUGUACAUAAACGAGGAAGAGUACAAUCCCUUCCUGGUGUCCGCCACCGGGGCCAAGGUUCUAAUCCAUCGGCAGGACGAAUACCCCUUCAUUGAAGAUGUGGGCACAGAGAUCGAGACAGCCAUGGCCACCUCCAUUGGAAUGCACCUGACGGAGUCCUUCAAGCUGAGUGAGCCCUACAGCCAGUGCACGGAGGACGGCAGCGACGUGCCCAUCAAGAACAUCUACAAUGCUGCCUACUCCCUCCAGAUCUGCCUUUACUCGUGCUUCCAGACAAAGAUGGUGGAGAAGUGCGGGUGUGCCCAGUACAGCCAGCCUCUGCCCCCCGCAGCCAACUACUGCAACUACCAGCAGCACCCCAACUGGAUGUAUUGUUAUUACCAACUGUACCAGGCCUUUGUCCAGGAAGAGCUGGGCUGCCAGUCGGUGUGCAAGCAAUCCUGCAGCUUCAAGGAAUGGGCGCUGACCACCAGCCUGGCGCAGUGGCCGUCUGCAGUUUCAGAGAAAUGGCUGCUGCCUGUUCUCACCUGGGACCAAGGCCAGCAAAUAAACAAAAAACUCAACAAGACAGACUUGGCCAAGCUCCUGAUAUUCUACAAAGACCUGAACCAGAGAUCCAUCAUGGAGAGCCCAGCCAACAGUAUCGAGAUGCUUCUGUCCAAUUUUGGUGGCCAGCUGGGCCUGUGGAUGAGCUGCUCCGUCGUGUGCGUCAUCGAGAUCAUCGAAGUUUUCUUCAUCGACUCCCUCUCCAUCGUCACCCGCCGCCAGUGGCAGAAAGCCAAGGAGUGGUGGGCCCGGAGGAAGGCGGCGCCCAGUGCCGAGGCGCCCUCCGGCGCCCAGGGCCAGGAGAACCCCGCCCUGGAGAUAGACGACGACCUGCCCACCUUCACCUCUGCCCUGAGCCUGCCUCCCGCCCCUGGGGCCCAGGUGCCCGGGACGCCGCCCCCCAGGUACAACACCUUGCGCCUGGAGAGGGCAUUCUCCCAGCAGCUCACAGACACCCAGCUGCCGGAUGAGCCCUGAGACAAGGAUGGGAAGAGAGAAGAUCAAGUAGGGACCUAGAGCCAAGGUCUGAGAGGGAGCCUCCUGCCCCCGCUCUGGGCUUUGCCGGGCACUAACUGGACACCAGCAGUGAACAACCACAUGGCCCCGGCAUGUACGGGGCGACCCGCGGGACCCCACGCAGCUGCACUCAAGGGGUCCGCAGAUGAGGCUGUGUCCUGUGGCGCCAGAGACAGAGACCAGGACCCAGGAGCUGCGCCGGCUGCAAGCGAGCCCUGGAGAGAGAAGGACCCCCGCGGAGCCCCUGGUCCGGGGUAUCACCCCAUCCCACAGCCUGAGCUGCGCCCAAGGAUGUGACCCGAGGGAAA